AUGCCCCUCGAAGCCACCAUGAUGGUCAUCGACAAUUCCGAAUAUAUGCGGAAUGGAGACUACCAACCGACUCGCUUUGAUGCGCAAGCAGACGCCGUUAACGUCGUAUUCCAAACGAAAGUGGAUUCAAAUCCAGAGAACACUGUCGGCAUUAUGUCGAUGGCUGGGAAAGGAGCGGAAGUUCUGGUUACACACUCAAAAGAUCUUGGGCAAAUCCUCCAAGCCAUUCACAAAACAUCGAGUAAAAUUGGAGGAGAGAUUGAUAUUCCUACCGCUAUCAAUGUUGCUCAGCUCGCUUUGAAACACCGAGAAAACAAGAAUCUAAGACAACGUAUCAUUGUGUUCGUUGGGUCGCCAUUAGAUGGACAGGCUGCAGAUGAGAAAAUAAUGGUUAAGUUGGCGAAGAAGCUGAAGAAGAAUAAUGUUGCUGUCGAUAUCGUUUGCUUUGGGGAUGGAAUUGAAGAGCCGGACUCGGAGGGGAAAACGAUUAUGAAGUCGUUUGUGGAAGCUGCGAGUAGCAGUGACAAUUCACAUCUGGUGAUUGUACCAGCGAGCUCGAACCUGAUAUCGGAUGUUCUGAUAUCGUCUCCGGUUCUUUCUGAAGAUCGUAGCGCCAGUAUUCCGGCAGAGCUCGGCGGCACUGGUGGUAGCGGUGCUUCAGGAUCUGGUUCCAAUGCCAACGAAUUUGAAUUUGGGGUUGACCCUAGCUUGGAUCCUGAGUUGGCUAUGGCUCUCCGUCUUUCAAUGCAAGAAGCACAAGCACGAGAAGCUGCAUCGGCACCUAGCACUACCAACAACCCAACCUCUCAGUCCUCGCAAAUGUCCGGUGCUACGCCCACGAUACCUGCGGAUCCCACAGACGAUGAGGAAGAAGCGAUGUUACAGCAGGCUAUUGCCAUGUCCACACAAGAGCAGGAUGUUGAUAUGGACGAAGAUGCCCCAACGCCAAAACCAGGAGAGGAUGACGAGAUGGACGAAGAUGAGGGUGAGGAUGAAGCUAUAGCUAGAGCGAUCGCUAUGAGCAUGGAGGAUUCGCAGGGUGAGAAGGACAAGAAAUAGAUAGAUCUGUGGUAAUGAACCGAUAAUCUUUUGUACCCUUUCUUCUGCAGGUGUGAUUCGGUGACCAACAAAUACAUGCAGACCGACUGAGA